AUGGCACUAAUGACACCACCACCUACCUUCGACAAGCCCAUGCUCGACCCCAAGGCUGACGCGCUUGCGCCGACGGACGCAAUGGCAGUCGACACCGAGGCUAAUGGCACACACGAUGAUCUCUUUGAUGAGCCCGUCAAUGGCACCGACGCCAGCGCGACCGAGGAGUUGAAGCCAACCACCAACGGCGAUCACACAGCCUCAGACGUACCAGCGCCUGCAGUAGGACCCCCCGUCCAGUCUAUUACAGAUGUGUCCAGCGGUAUCGAUGGCAUUGCGCAGUUCGUGCCUGAUCAGACAGACAACAACUCGCUGUUCGGCGACGACACCGUGCAAUCAGUAACAGAGGCCACCGAAGCGCCAACCUCGGACGUCCGCGACGAGCCUGCACCGACACCACCAUCUGCGCCAACCCAAACUCAGGCGACGACUGAGAGCACACAGGAAGUACCUGAGACGCAGGUCGCAGCUUCCAUCGAGCCAGCCUCUACAGACGCAAUGGAUACCACUGCCGAUGCACUCGUCGACUCGAACACGGCGCCCGUCGACUCGGAUACCGCGCCGCCCACCAAGCCGAUGAAGGAGCUCUCGAUUCAACCAGAGUCCACGACACCCGCGAAAGUAGAGCCAGCGGAUCAGGCAAUGGAGGACGUGCCACAAUCUAGCAAGGUGCGGCCGCGAGAAGACUUCGAAGAGGGCGACGAAUAUACCGCGCCCGAGGCUAAGCGCACCAAGACCGAGGAAGCAUCAAGCUCGCAGGCAGACAUCAAGUCUGAGCUGCCAGCGCAGCUUGUACAGGCCAAUGGUGCCAGCACGCCACGAGGCGAUGGUACAGCUACACCUAGGGGCGUGGCUACUGUGAUCUCGUCAGAGCCGUCAGGAGUGCAUCGCGCUGCAGACUAUGAGCAGUGGCCGACGACACCGUUGACGCAGGCGCAGAACAAGUUUUUACUUGAGCGUAUAAGGAACACCAAGAAGAUCAAGGUGUCGUUGGCUUUCAAAGAUCCAGUCGACCCUGUUGUCCUGAACAUCCCCAGCUACACUGAGAUUGUGACAAAGCCGAUGGACCUGUCGACGAUGGAGGGCAAGCUGAAGGCGAACAAGUACACUUACGUGAAGGAGUUCAUGGAGGAUCUCGACCAGAUGAUUGAGAACAGCGAGUUGUUCAACAACAAGCAGCACCCGGUCACGCAGGCUGGGUACAAUCUUCGGGCCUACUUUUUGAAAGGGAUGAACAAGAUGCCGAGGGGUGCCGUGGACGAGCCGGCGAAAGCGCCAAAAGUCAAGAAGGCGUCGGUGAGCGCGGCGCCAAAGCCAAGACCAGUGUCGAGGCCGGCACCGCCCACGGUGAAAUCACCAGCUGCGGCGGCCUCUCCUCCUGCGGCAUGGCCCCUAGGACAAGAUGGCAUGCCCAUCAUCAGGCGCGACUCGACUAGCGCGAACGAUCGGCCGAAGCGAGACAUCCACCGUCCGUCGAAGGAUCUACCGUACUCGAACGCCAAGCCGCGCAAGAAGAAGUACCAGCAGGAGCUCAAGUUCUGCGAGAGCGUGCUGACGGAGCUCAUGAAGCCCAAGUAUCAGGGGGUCACAUACCCCUUCAUGGCUCCGGUGGACCCUGUGGCUCUGAACAUUCCGUCGUACCUCAAGAUCAUCAAGAAGCCCAUGGACUUUGGGACGAUCGAGAGGAACUUCAAGAACGGAGUGUACCAGAGCGCCAAGGACUUCCACGUGGACUGCAUGCUCGUGUUCCAGAAUUGCUACAAGUUCAAUCCCGAGGGCGAUGCGGUGAACGCAAUGGGCCACGAGAUGGAGAACUUGUUCAACAGCUUCUGGCAGGAAAAGGAUGCUUGGCUGGCACAGCACGCACCUGCUCCGGAGCAGUCUCCCGAAAUGUACUCUGAUGAUGAGGACGAGGAAGAGGACGAGGAGGAGGAGGAGACGGACGCAGCUCAAGCGCAGUUCCUCGCCAUCCAGCAACAGAUUGCUGCGCUCAACGAGACAGCGCAGCAGCUGUUGAACGCGCAAAAGGCCGGCAAGCGCGCAUCGCCAAAGGCAGCAAGCAAGUCGAAGAAGGCCAAGGCGCCAGCACCGAAGGUGAAGAAGAACGUUCCCCUGGCAGUGCCGCCUCCUGCGAAACCCGGCAAGCCCAAGGCCAAGGCCAGGCCGGCAGCGCCUUUGAGCUUCGCGCAGAAGCAGGACAUUUCAGAAGGCAUCAGCACGCUCGGAGAUGGUGACAUGCGCAAGGCGGUACAGAUCAUCCGGAACGGGUGCCCUCACCUCGCCAACGUGAACGAUGAUGAGAUGGAACUCGACAUGGACGAGAUCAACGACGAGACGCUGCGCGAGCUCCUGAGAUUUAUCAAGUCGCUCCGCGGCCCCAAGGGCGGGGUGUCGGUGGCCGACGAUGACUUUGAGCCGCCGCGGGCAGUGCACAAGCAGACGACUGCGAGCAGGCCGAAAAAGAACAAGCCCAUGGGCAAGACUGAGCAGGAGGACAACAUGCGCAAGAUCCAGGAGAAGCUGCAGUCGUUCCAGGGCGGCGCGUCCGGUAGCAGCCAGUCCCCACCAGCAGCGCACGAAGAAGAGAGCAGCGACGAUGACAGCGGGUCGGAGAGCGAGGAGGAGUAG